CAUACAAUUACACGCAUUUGGGACAAAGACUUUGACUUAUCUUGUACGUACAAAACAUUUUGCAAGUCCUGUAUCUUUCUUCUCUCCCACCCCCUCUUUCGGUACGGGUUGAAUUGAAUUAAUUACAAUAGCUCAUGGAUGCCAUUAUAAAUAAGCCCUAGGAGUAGAGUCUAAUAUGUACACAAAAUUAAACGCUAGCGGCCAUGACAUCUUUAGAGUUUCAUAAACUCUGCCUUUUGGCUUAUUGCCUUGUCUUAUUCGUACAACUUCUUUCACCACCAAGUUGCUCUGCUUUUGCUUCUGCUACUUCUACCACGGAAGCAGAAGCGCUUCUCAAAUGGAAAGCCACCUUUCAAAACCAUACCCGCCUGCAAAAUCUCACCUUUUGGGCUUACCUACCUGCUCAUGCAAAAGCAGCCCCAUGCUUCUGGACUGGUAUUUCAUGCAAUGUUGUUGGAAGUGUCAGUGUGAUAAACCUUACCAAUUUUGGGAUACAAGGUCCAAUCCCCAAAAGCUUGAAAACAUGCAAGAGCUUAGUUAGAGUUCAUCUUGAAGGGAACCAAUUCACAGGGAAUAUAUCAAAAGACUUUGGUGUUUAUCCAAAUCUUGAUUUCAUAGAUAUGAGUCAUAAUAAGUUUUAUGGUGAAAUUUCACAAAAAUGGGGACAGUGCGCAAAAUUAGAAACCUUACUAAUUAUGGGAAACAACCUCACUGGCAGCAUACCUCCGGAGAUUGUCAAUGCUGACAAAAUCCAUAAACUCGACCUCUCUUCAAAUCACUUAGUUGGGGCCAUUCCGAAGGAGUUCGGGAGAAUGACUUCUUUGCAGAAGUUGAUGCUGAAUGAAAAUCAACUUUCAGGCUAUAUACCUUCGGAAUUUGGAUCACUCGUUGAUCUUGAAUAUCUUGACUUGUCAUCAAACAAAUUCAAUGGGUCAAUUGCGAGCACAUUUGGCAACUUUCUCAUACUGUACCAUCUGAAUUUGAGCAACAAUCAAUUUUCCCAAGGAAUUCCAUUGAAGUUGGAAAAGUUAGUUCAAUUGAACGACCUUGAUUUAAGUCACAACUCACUUGAAGGUAGCAUACCCGCUGAAAUCAGCAAUAUGGAGAGUCUACAGACGCUCAAUCUUUCUCACAACAAUCUUUCGGGUUUCAUACCAUCAAGUUUUGAAGGCAUGCAUGGCUUGUCAUAUGUGGAUAUAUCUUACAAUGAAUUGGAAGGUCCCCUUCCCAACAACAGAGCCUUUCGACAAGCUUCGCCAGAAGCUUUACAAGGAAACAAAGGACUGUGCGGCAACGUUGAAGUUUUGCAAUCUUGCACAAUUGGCCCAAGAAAGGAACGCAAAUGGGUAUUUGGAAUCACAUUCUCUCUUGUAGCAGCAAUUUUACUUAUUUUUGCUUUCUUUACAAUUAAAUUCGUAGUGCAAAGAAAGAAGAAAAGUCUAGAAAAAGAAGAAAAAAACUUGGAUGAAGGAAUAUCGUUUUCAGUUUUAAAUUUUGAUGGAAAGUCAAUGUAUGAGGAAAUCAUAAGGGCGACAAAAAAUUUUGAUUCCACAUAUCGCAUCGCGAGUGGAGCACAAGGAAGUGUCUACAAAGCAAAUUUGUCAAGUGACAACGUAGUGGCUGUGAAAAAAAUACAUCAAUUGUGGGAUGGUGAGAAGAAUUUGGAGACGGCAUUCUUGAAUGAAAUAAGGGCACUAACAGAGAUAAGACACCGGAAUAUUGUGAAGCUUUAUGGUUUCUGUUCACACCAUCGACACUCGCUCUUGGUGUACGAGUUUGUUGAAAGAGGUAGCUUGGCCACAAUUUUGAGCAAAGAUGAAGAAGCUAAAGAAGUUGGGUGGAGAAAAAGGGUUAAUAUUGUUGACGGUGUAGCUCAUGCCUUGGCAUACAUGCACCACGAUUGCUUGCCACCAAUUGUGCACCGGGACAUAUCAACUAAGAAUAUUUUGUUGGAUUCUAAAUAUGAGGCCUCUGUUUCAGACUUUGGCACUGCUAAGUUUUUGAAUCCAGGCUCAACAACUUGGACUGCCGUUGCAGGCACAUAUGGGUAUGUCGCACCAGAACUUGCAUAUACCAUGGAAGUGAACGAAAAAUGCGAUGUUUAUAGUUUUGGAGUGGUUGCUAUGGAAACAAUCAUGGGAAGGCAUCCUGGUGAUUUUUUCUCAUCAUUCUUAUCAGUGUCUUCUUCGUCCACGUCGUCAUCAGCAUCAACAUUACCAUCCCAACAAAUGUCAGUUGUGGAUGUUCUGGACCAACGCAUUUUGCCUCCAACGCAUCAAGAAGCAGGGGAAGUACUCUCUCUUAUGAAGAUUGCGUUUUCAUGUUUGAAUCCCAGUCCGCAUUCUCGCCCUACAAUGAGACAAGUUACUCAACUCAUCUCAACUCAGAAGUUGCAUUUGUCGAAGCCAAUAUGUAUGAUAACUUGUGGUGAAUUGCUUGCUUUAGAUCCUUUGACGGCCUGAGAAGCAGAGAGUGCUUGUUUUCGAUAAAUAAAUUUCGAGUCUUCCUUUCAGAAGAAAGAUUCUUCGUAGAUGUUUCUGUAUUGCAAUUUAUUUUUAUGCACUAGUUUGCUUGGGCUCUAGUCACUUUAUGCAGAACACUUAAUGUUUUUUCAGUUAAAACUGUGUUUACGCUUGUGAGGAAGAAAUAGAAGUUAAUAAAACAAAGAAUUGGUUUUCAUGCACAGGGACAAUGACUGGCUGAGAAUGCAAUGGGUACACUUAUAUUACUAUUUCUAUUUAUGUAUACGGACAAACGUAAAGUCAUAGACAAAAGCAACCGAGAAGCAGACCAAAAGCAAUCGGGUUCUGGCCUAAAUAGCCUGCGAUAGGUCUUUACAUGAACUCCUUGUGGCAAGGCAGGCUUAUCACUCUCUAUACAAGAAAUCCCUCGAGGAGGAUGUUGGGCAUCACACAACUGGGGACUGCUGCAAGAUUCUUCAAAUUUGUUGACUCGUGCUGAUUGAGUUGGGCAAAACUUUUCUAGGCAUUUGAUGUGAUGAUAAUUAAAGAACCGACGCUGUCUGAUGAUCAUAUGGAUGCUAUGGAAGAAUAGGAACGACGCUGUCUGGAAUGGGGCUCGGGUGCCGCAGGAGCUGGUGGUCAGAACAGAGGGUUUGUUGCAGGAGUACCAGAAGUGGCAUAAAACUGGUACGGUAAAAUCCAUUAAUCCCCCGCAGAUGUGGCGGAGAGCUGAAGUUGACUGGGUCAAGUGUUAUUCUCUUAUUUUGAUACAAUGAUAUGUCGAGGGCAUUUUUUUAUUUACCAAACACAAUUAAGGACUCAACUUUUUCAA